AUGGAUUUCUCAAAUAAAAGUCCACCACCAGUCAAUGAGCAGAUUAUGGAUUUCUCUGUGGCAGCAACUCAGCAGCAACCAACCAUAACUCCAGAGAACACUACCAUCAAGGGUCAGAAAAGGACAUGGACUAGAAGGCAGGCCAAGUUAGCAGGUGCUAGUUCCUCUAUGGGCCCUCCUAAAGCUGAAAUUCAAGAGAGAAGCAAAAGAGUCAGACAAGAGGAAGCUAAUAUGGAAGUUGACAUCCAUCAAAUCUUCUGUCAACCUUUUUGUAUAGAAAUAGAGUUCAGUCUGAAGGCCAAUACUCACAGGUCCUGGUUUGUUUUUGUCUAUCUCAGUCCCUGCAGAGCUACCAGAGUCCUCAAUGUCUUCAGAAGUGCCUCUGAUCACAAUCUUCUGUUUCUCCAUACUGGCAUUACUCAGAACCGCAGGAAAAAAGCCUUCUGUUUUGAUAAGAGAUGGUUGAAGCAGCCAAGAAUCAAAGAGGAAAUUCAAAAUGUUUGGGCCCAACCUGUAACUGGCUCAGCCAUGUUCACCCUUUCAGAGAAAAUUAAAGCCACCCGACAAAUUUGGAGACUCAUCACCAAGCCAGGCCUGCUAAUGUCAAGGGUCCUUAGACACAGAUACUUCCCAAAUGGAGACUUCUUUGGAGCUAAACCUACUCAGAGUGCAUCAUGGUUAUGGAGAACAUGGCUCAAGCUGCAAAAAACCUUUCUACAAGGGUUUAUCAUGAAAGUCAGCAAUGGCAGGAAAACUAAAAUUUGGGAGCACCCAUGGGUCCCUGAACUCACAACCCGCAAACUCUUGGUAAAAACCACCACAUCACCCAAUCUGACAUGGGUAUCUGAAUUAAUUGCUGCAGAUGGCAUUUCUUGGAACACAACCCUAAUCAGAAACAGUUUCCCCCAUCAUGAAAGUGAAUCCAUCCUCAAAAUCAAAUCCUUGAGUAACCAUCUCCCUGACAAACCUAUC